AUGUAUCCUUCAAACUUGGGUGGUUCAGGUCGUGGUAAUCGUCUCAAUCAUGCUACGGCUAUAAGUGAGCGAAUAGAUAACAAUGCUCUUCGGCGUGAGAAUGAAAACAUACAAUCAGAAAACCUAUUAAUGAGAGAGUCUCUGCAGAAUGCAUUCUGCUUAUCUUGUGGGGGUCUACCCGUGGGAUCAGUAGAGCGAAAACUUCAAUUGCAAUCAUUAAAGGCAAAAAAUAUUCAAUUAGCUAAAGAGUAUGAGAGAGUGUAUGCACUUUUGGAAAACAAUGGGGUAAAUACGGAUCUACCACUUCCUUCUUCUUCUUCAUAUGAUACCUCAGGAGGAAGAUUGCUAAACCCAAUAGUUGGACUUCCUUCUCCUUAUCAACAUAGUCAUGUUCUUAGUACUCCUGGUUUCAAUCAAGAUAUUCCUGCUCCAGCUCCUGCUCUUGAUUGCUAUAUUCCUGAUCCUCCUAGUGAUGAUGUUGCACUUGAUUAUUGUAUUCCUACUCCUGCUAGUGUUCUUGCGGUUGAUCACUCUAUUCCAGCUCUUGCUAGUGAUCCUUGGCUUGGUCAAGAUAUUCCUCAUCUUCCCACUCUUGCCACAUUGGAUCAAGAUAUUCCACCUCUUGGUCAAGAUACUUCUACCCUUCCUCAGGAUCAUAUGCCCAAGGAUCUUGAUCAAGAAUUGGAUGCAUUGCGCGGAAUUUUGAACAAUGAUUUGAUAUUCCAAUCUAUCAUUAACCAAAGGAUAGACCUGGACAAUGCAAUGAUGUCACAAAUUGCAAAUAAUGCAAUCGAAGAGUUAAUUAAGCUUUUGGAUAUGAACCAACCCUUCUGGUCUAUACAUGACUGGAAGUUAGUUCUUAAACGUGAUAAUUACCAAAGCAUACUUGGUAGGAGACAUUGCUUACCUGGACCUCAUGCACGGAUAGAAUCCUCAAAAGAUUCACGAAUAGUGGACAUGAAUGCGGAACAACUUGUUCAAAUGUUUAUGAAUUUGGAAAAAUGGGUUGAUCUGUUCCCAACAAUUGUUACAAAAGCCCAAACAAUUCAAGUACUCGAAAACGGUUUGGUAGGAAAUCGAAGUGGAGCUUUGUUGUUGAUUAAUGCAGAAAUGCACAUUCUUUCACAUUUGGUUCCAACUCGACAAUUCUACUUCCUUCGUUAUUGUAAACAAAUUAAAGAAGGUGUGUGGGUGAUAGGGGAUGUGUCAAUUGAUUCCUUAGAAUACAAAACCAUUGUUCCUCGCAUUUGGAGGCGUCCAUCUGGAUGCCUCAUUCAAGAAAUGAAUCACGGAUUGUGCAAGGUUUCUUGGGUGGAGCACGUGGAAGUGGAUGAUAAGAUGCAAACUCACCAGCUUUUCACUGAUGUUAUUUGUUGCAAUAAUGCAUAUGGAGCAGAAAGAUGGCUUUCGACACUUAAAAGAAUGUGUGAGAGAUUUGCAUGCGCUUCAGCUGAAACUAUACCCAGUUGUGACGAGUCUGGAGAAGCCAUUUUAUCACUUGAAGGAAAGAAGAGUGUGAUGCACUUGGCUCAUCGAAUGGUUAAGACUUUUUGCCGCACUUUAGACGUGUCAGAUUGUGAGAACUUCCCAUAUUUAACGAGGAUGAUGAAUAAUGGUGAGGUUACAAUAAUUGUUCGCAAGAAUAACUCAGAACAAGAUGUGCCACAAGGCUUGAUUCUCAGUGCUGCUACCUCUUUUCUACUUCCGCACUCUCCAGAAAAUGUUUUUGACUUCUUGAUAGACAACAAGAAACGAGCUAAGUGGGAACCUUUUUGGUAUGGAAAGCCAGGGCACGAGAUUCAACGCAUCUCAACUGGAAAUAAUCCAGGAAAUUUCAUUUCAAUUACGAAGGCUCUUGGCCCCAGUGAUAACAAUAUGAUAGUUCUUCAAGAAAGUUAUGCAGAUGGUUUGGGAUCUAUGAUGGUAUACUCAGCUUUUGAUACGGAGACAAUGAAUUUUGCCAUGAGGGGAGAAGACACGUCACAGUUGUUGGUUCUUCCCUCUGGCUUUACCAUAUCUGGGGAUGGUCAUUCAAAUGCUUUUGAAGGACAAUCUAGACAAGUGGUGUCAAAAGGUUCAUUGGUUACUCUAAUGUUACAAGUUCUAGCUUCUAGUACUCCUAGCAUGGACAUGAUAGACAUGGAAUUUGUAGGUUCUGUCACUACACUUGUGUCCUCAACAGUGGAGAAAAUUAAAGCUGCUUUGAAUUGUUCCAAUUAA